GUCGCUCCGGACGGGAAAAGCUGCCCGGUUCGCUGAUUUGCAUGCAGCGAGUCUUGGGCUGACAGUUUGCCUCUGAAGGCAGCACAGGCUUUGGCACUGACGUGUCGGUGUGUAGUCUUUUGUUUCUCGCGUGUUUCGGUUUGCUGUAGUAAUGGGCUUUUAAAACUUCCUCUUUGAAGCCAACAUGUCUCGAGAGACUGGAAGUGAAGCGCAGCAGUCUCAGGGUGCCCAGCAGUCACAGGGUGCCACCAGUUCCUCUUCCAGUGGGUCACAGAGUACGAGUCAGUCUUCCUCAAGUUCCGGGACUCUCAGUUCUUUGGACACUGUUCCCACUCAGGAGCUUCCGCCCAUCCCUGAGGACCAGGAGUCUGAAGAGCUCGUUCCUCAGCCUUGGGGUCGACUCUUUGCACUUGGAAAAGGCUUCAGCAAUUGUGACUGUGUGAAUGAUGAAUACUGGUUUGGGCGAGACAAAAGUUGUGAUUAUAGUUUUUCUAAGCUGGGAUUGUCUGAGACUGGCUUCUACCAAAACUACAGCAAGAAGCAUUUCCGGAUUUUCAGGGAAAUGGGUCCAAAAAAUUCCUAUGUUGCCUACAUUGAAGACCACAGUGCCAAUGGAACUUUUGUUAAUAGAGAGCUCGUUGGAAAGGGGAAGAGGCUUCCACUGACUCACAACUCUGAAAUUGCACUGUCUGUACAGACUAAUAAGGUGUUUGUGUUUUCUGAUCCUAUGGUGGAUGAUCAAUUGGCAUUUCCUAGAGAACUCAGAGAGAACUACAUCAUGUCAAAGACUUUGGGAAGUGGUGCCUGUGGAGAGGUCAAGCUGGCCUUCGAGAAGAGCACCUGUAACAAAGUUGCAGUGAAGAUAAUCAAUAAACGGAAGUUUAUGGCCAGUGGCAUUAAAGAGGUGAACCCAGCUUUCAAUAUCAAUACAGAAAUUGAAAUUCUGAAGAAAAUAGAUCACCCUUGUUUAAUCAAGAUCAAAAACUUCUUUGAAGCAGAGGAUUACUACAUUGUUUUGGAACUAAUGGAAGGAGGAGAACUGUAUGACCGAGUGUCAAGGCCAGUCAAGAUGAAAGAAGCUAUCUGCAAGUUGUACUUUUAUCAGAUGCUGCUAGCAGUAAAGUAUCUUCACGACAAUGGAAUUAUACACCGAGAUCUGAAGCCAGAGAACGUGCUGCUGUCAUCUCCUGAAGAGGCAUGCCUUAUAAAGAUUACAGAUUUUGGACAAUCCAAGAUUCUUGGAGAAACUUCUCUUAUGAAAACAUUAUGUGGUACUCCCACGUAUCUUGCUCCUGAGGUUCUAAAUUCACUUGGGACUGCUGGAUACAGCCGAGCUGUGGACUGCUGGAGUUUGGGAGUUAUUCUUUUUGUAUGCUUGUGUGGAUAUCCACCAUUCAAUGAGCAGAACACUCAGCUGUCUCUGAGAGAUCAGAUCACUCGUGGAGAAUACAUCUUUAUUGCCAAAGAGUGGAAGCACGUCUCAGACACAGCUCUGGACCUUGUGAAGAAGCUCUUAGUAGUGGAUCCAAGCAAGCGUCUCACAACGGAGGGAGCUUUAGAGCAUCCUUGGCUUCAGGAUGAAGAUAUGAAGAGUACAUUUCAACAGCUCCUUGCUCAGACAUGUGCCAGUAUGAACCCUCCACAGACAUGGAAAAUGCCAACCACUAGAAAGCGUCCCCAUGAAAAUGAGGAAGAAGCUGGCUCUGCUAAGCAUGCUGUUCCCUCUACAUCAUUGCACAAAAGGAGGUGAAAAGAGCAAAAGCCAUUUCUGUUAAUGAGAGCUUUUCUUUAUGGAAAGCUGAACUUCUAUUUAAGAGAAAUCUUAAUAAUGGAAUGACUGUUGAAGACACAAUUGCUAAAUAAAAAUAUCUUUGUAAGACUGAAGUGGCUGCUGUGUGUGCAUGGGGACAUGCACAAAUGGUUGUGUUCCCUCUCCUCUAGCUGUCUGACUCAAGAAUAUCAGAAAACUCCUCAGCUAAAAUACUAAAGAUUUAGCUUUGUCAUCACCUAUGCUCUGUUUCUUCUGGUCCAGUUUCUAGGGUUAGGCAUGGAAACAUGCUUAGAUAAACAAGGAAUACUGAGUUUGCCUUUGGGGGCAAGCCACUAGCUGUGGAAAGCUGUUUUGUAGAAACUGAUGGACACCAAUACAAUCCACUGGAGACCGAGGUACUCACUAGAAAAUAUCGGAGCCGAGUAGCUCGGCA